GACUCAUUUGUCAGGUUGCUAUCUUCCCGGACAACUGACCUUUGAACCGUUGACAAGUUCGUGUUAGGUUCCCUGUGUGUGUCCAUGUAGAUAGACCUGGUAGGGCUGUUGUCCAUACCUCAGGAAUCAAGACCUUGCCGCCGCCAGAUUCUGCGCCGUCCCCACUCCUCGUCAGGUCGCAUCCGGUCUCAUCCAUCCCGUGGCAAGGCCAGUUGGGAUUUUCACCUCCCAUCUCCGCGCAGUCAUGGCCCAUCCCACUGGCGACAAGGCUGCGCCCAACCUCAAUGUGCAGUCCGGGCAAUUCUUCCAAGAUGCUCGUGAUGAGUCUGGCCUGCAGGACGAAGAGAAGCAGGACGACAAGAAGGGGGACUCGGUCUAUCAUGACACCUUUGGCGAUGAAGAGUAUGCCGAGGUCAAGUACAAGGUUCUGAGCUGGUGGCAGUGCGGCUUUCUCAUGGUUGCCGAGACCGUCUCUCUGGGUAUCUUGUCCUUACCCGCCGUUGUCGCAGCGCUGGGUCUGGUUCCCGCUGUCAUCCUUCUACUUGGCCUGGGUCUGCUGGCCACUUACACCGGUUACGUCAUCGGCCAGUUCAGAUGGCGCUAUCCCCAUAUCCAAAGUCUGGCGGAUGCUGGUGAGAUCCUCCUUGGGCCAAUCGGCCGCGAGGUCUUUGGGACUGGCCAACUCCUACUUGUUGUCUUCAUCAUGGCGAGUCAUCUCCUGACCUUCUCGGUCGCCAUGAACACAAUAACCGCCCACGGAACGUGCACCAUCGUUUUCGGCAUCGUUGGCCUGGUGAUCUGCUACAUCUUGUGUUUACCUAGGACGUCUGCGAAGAUGUCCUAUCUUUCCGUUGGCUCAUUCAUCAGCGUAUUCUCUGCUGUGAUGAUCGUGAUGAUUGCCGUUGGCAUUCAGCGUCCAUGGAAGGGAGCCGUGGACGCGACGGUGGAUACUAGCUUGUACAAAGCCUUCCUCGCUGUCUGCAAUAUUGUGUUUUCCUUCUCGGGCCACGUUGCGUUCUUCGGGUUCAUGUCCGAACUGAAAGAUCAUCGGGAAUACCCCAAGGCCCUGUGUCUUCUCCAAAGCAUCGAUACGAUUCUCUACAUUGUCACCUCGGUGGUGAUCUACAUCUAUGCGGGACCCAAUGUCACGUCCCCUGCACUAGGCUCCGCCAGUCCCCUGGUAGCCAAGAUCGCCUACGGGAUUGCUCUUCCGACGAUCAUCAUCGGCGGUGUUGUGAAUGGCCAUGUCGCCUGUAAAUACGUCUAUGUUCGCAUCUUCCGCAACGGGGACCGCAUGCACAGCCGGGAUCUCGUGGCGACGGGAUCUUGGGUGGGGAUCAUGCUGGCAUUAUGGAUCCUUGCCUGGAUUAUCGCAGAGGCUAUUCCUGUGUUUAGUGAUCUGCUGAGUCUGAUCGCAUCUCUCUUCGCCAGUUGGUCUACAUUCGGCUUCAGCGGUGUUUUCUGGCUCCACCUUAACAAAGGUCGCCUCUUUUCGUCUCCCCUGAAAAUUGCGUUGACAAUUCUCAAUGUGCUUUGCAUUGGAAUUGCCGCCUGCAUCUGCGGUCUUGGACUCUAUGUAUCGGGACGAUCUCUCCACGAUGACGCCAAUAGCUCCAGUUUCUCCUGCGCAAAUAACGCCUAAUGGAUUAGACACCAGUAUAUAGUGCAUAUAGCGACCGUUAAAGUAAUAGAAAAGAUGCAUUUGGGCAUAUGACAACCCCCGCAUAUCCCGAUUACCCGAAAUUGAGAUUCCUUCGGCUCCGACGCCAAGACUCGCCAAGAUCACCGCCGCCCGACAGUCUUGGCGAGGCCGUGGGCAGUCACGCAGCGACCGGGAUCCGGUUUUUCUGUGGCGGUCAGGCAAAGGAGGUAGACUUGGUUCAUACGAGCAGAGAAAUAGCC